AUGUCAAAUCAUAACGGUCAGGGCAUUCAUCCACAACAAUCGUGGAACAGCGAGAAACCCAAUCCUCAACAUCCACCCCAGCAACAGUCGUGGAACAGCGACGACAAUAAUAACCGUCCUUCGUCGACACGUCCCUCGUCAACAUAUCCGCCGCCACCGCCGUCAACCUACCCUACCUCUUAUCCUCCCUCGCAUCCUCCAGCUCCAUAUAACCAACAGCCUUACCCCCAAGCGACAUAUCCUCCUCCUCCUCCCUCUGACUAUCCUCAGGCACAACCAUCUGGCAUGGCUGCAGUUCACUCUCAGGUUCAAGGCUCUCAAGAUCCUUACCAUCGUUUGCCUCCUCCACCUGCUCCUGGUCCUUACCAACGACCACCCGACAUGUACGCUCAACCUCCACCAGGAUCGCAAGUGGUCUACCAAGCCGCCGCCCCGAGGCAGCGAACAGCCAUAGCUUGCCGUUAUUGCCGUCGUCGCAAGAUUCGUUGUUCCGGUUUCGAGAGCUCCCCUGAUGGACGCUGCACCAACUGCGUCCGAUUCAACCAGGAAUGCAUGUUCACCCCCGUGUCCUCGCAAGCGCAAGCAUUCGUACCCGCUCAUGCAGCUUAUCCUCAUCUGCUCCGUCCACAAGCUCAAGGAGGACGUGGUCGUGGCUACCCUGGCGAUAACGUCGUUUUGUACGGUGCUCAUGGCCAACCUCUGCCACCGCAACAGCAAGCAAUGCCUGAAAGCACACUUCCUCCACCACAAGGUGCAUAUUAUCAAGCUCCUUAUGGCCGUCCUCCUCACAUGGAUGAUCGAAUUCCACCUCCUCGUAUGCAGCACCAUGUGCCUCAUGAUCAACGCCAGCAGGGAGGUAGACGAGGCUCAGGCGCAGGCUUCGAUUAUCCCGAUCCCAUCAACCUAGCACCAGUCUCCGCUGGGCCCCCAGCACCGGGUUUUGCUCCAGCGCCAUACUAUCACGCUCCGCCACAAGAUAAACGUCCGUCUCCGCAAUCGUAUGCCUAUGAUCGACCAGGCUACCCACCGAUGCCAGCCCAUGGAACUCCGCCUCCCAUUGCGACCUCAGGCCCUUCACGUGGAGGUCUGAAUGUUCGAGAUAUUCUCAACAAUCCUCCUGGUGAUUCGGCCGGCACAAACGGUGGCCGUUCCAGUACAGACAGCGAUAUGCUCAAUCAAUUGAACCGAAAAGUAUAA